AUGGCUCCUUCAUCUUGGAGAGGCUUGGUUUUCGGGGCCGUAUUUUAUCUCCCCUCGCUAGUAGCAGCCUUAGGGAACUCGACGUACCAGGACAUUGAUAUGCUACGGUCUAAAUUGGCUUUGAUGGAUGACCGUCCCGGUGACUGUCCCCCUUGCUUUAACUGUCUUCUUCCAUCUCACGUCUGUGCCCAAUACGCUGGCUGCAACGAGUUCAAUGGAAAGUGCGAUUGCCCAGCAGGCUUCGGUGGUGACGACUGCCUCCAACCUCUUUGCGGCUCUCUAGCAAAAGGUCGAGACCGACAGAUGCGAUCCGGUGAUACCUGCGAGUGCGACGAAGAAACCGGAAAUGACGGCGUCUGCUAUCAGAAUGGAGAGGUCGUGCGCAAUAACCACCAAAUUUGCAAAGUCACCAACAGGAAAAUCACGGAUCUCCUCGGUGAGCAACGACCUGAAGUAACUUUUACUUGCCAGAAAGAUGAAAGGACAUGCGAUUUUCAGUUUUGGGUCGACGCUGUCGAAUCGUUUUAUUGCAAUCUAAGCGAUUGCGAUUCAAAUGCCGAGUUUGGGGAUACUAAGAACACAACAGCCUACAAUUGCGAUAAAAUUCGAUGUAGCUGCAUCCCGGAGCGCAUGCUGUGUGGCAAGGACGGGUCAAUAGAUCUGAGCGAUUUUCUCGACCAGGCAAUCCGCGGCCCUGGAGGUUUUCAAUGCACCCAAAAGAACGGCGGCGCUCACGACUGCGCCUUUGAAGAGCCAGAGAUGGACAAACUGAUCCGCAGCCUCAUUGGUGAUUCUAGCAUCCUGCUUGAUUGCCAGGCUGGAGAAUGUCUGCAUGAGACCCAGGUUCCAGGUUACACAAGACCAGUUAAGCAAAUCAACACACCUCUUAUCGCCGGAGUUAUCGCCAUUUGUGCACUUUUUGUCGUGGCUAUCAUCAUCAUAACAUGGAUGCUGUCGCGGCGGAAGCUGAGAUACGGUGCUAUUCGUCUGGAGGACUCCGAUGACGAAACGACCAAACUCAUGGCUGAGCACAAGCCCGCUACGUUAUAUUUUGAAAACAUCUCUUACCAAAUGAAUGGCAAGUCUAUUCUCAGUGGCAUCCAAGGACUGUGCCACCCCGGUGAGGUAACAGCAAUCAUGGGCGCUUCUGGCGCCGGAAAGACAACAUUCCUGGACAUUCUCGCUCGCAAGAACAAGCGUGGCUUAGUAGAAGGCGACGUCUAUGUGAAUGGCGAGAAGGUUGGCAGCUCGGAAUACAAAAAUGUUGUUGGUUUUGUCGACCAAGAGGAUACCAUGCUCCCUACGCUCACCGUUCAUGAGACAAUUCUGAACAGUGCCCUCUUGCGACUGCCUCGCGAUAUGAGUCACGCGGUGAAAGAGCAGAGAGUCUUCGACGUAGAAAAAGAACUCGGAAUAUACCACAUUCGGGAUUCACUGAUUGGAUCCGAAGAGGGCAAGGGUCGCGGUAUCUCUGGUGGUGAGAAGCGUCGCGUCGGCAUAGCGUGCGAACUGGUCACUAGCCCGUCUAUUCUCUUCCUUGACGAGCCAACGAGCGGUUUAGAUUCUUUCAACGCCUAUAAUGUUAUCGAGUGUCUUGUUACUCUGGCAAAGAGUUAUCAACGCACAGUUAUAUUUACGAUCCAUCAACCACGAUCUAACAUCGUGGCUUUGUUCGAUCGUCUUAUUCUGUUGGCGCGAGGCAAAACAGUCUUUUCCGGCCCUUUUGCACGAUGCCAACCGUAUUUUGACUCUAUAGGCUACGAAUGUCCUCAGGGCUUCAACAUAGCCGAUUAUCUAGUUGACCUUACUAUGCAUGCCGGCCGAAGAGUUUCCAUCGAAGAUGAGACUGUGGCGGUAGAUACGGUUAGUGUCGGGCCCAGCAGCACAAAAGCAGUAAAGUCGAUAGCGAGUAUUUCGGGAAACAGCACGGGAGGAGAUAGUUUUGCAGAACCGUCAGCAUCACCCAGGCCGAGGAACUUCCGCCGGGACUCAAUCCGGCAACGGCAAGAACGCCAGUUAUUCACUCGACGAAAGCAAACUGUUGACACUGCAGCCUCUUCCGAUGCCGGCGGAGAUGAGGCGGGCAAUUAUAAGCUUCAGCUGAAUCCCACAAACGCGCUGCUCUCGCAAACAGGAGAUGACCUACAUGAUCUCCCCCCAGCCGCCGUAUCAGACUCCGAUCUUGAUCUCAUGACACGGGCAUUUUCCCGGUCUCAGAUAGCUCAAACCACUCAUCAGGAAAUUCGUCAGGCAGUGAGAGCUGCGGUUCAAGCUAAUGGGUCGAAUGCCAACAGCCACAGCGAAGAUGGGCCUCGCACUACGCUCAGUGCUAUUGGCCGAGGUUACGCACGUGUGGGAUACUUGGGGCAAUUCAGGAUUCUUUCGCAGAGAACGUGGAAAAACCUUUAUCGGGAUCCGAUGCUCAUGCUUACACAUUAUGCAAUUGCCAUAAUUCUAGCCGUUUUUUCAGGAUACCUCUUCUACGGUCUAACAGAUGAUAUUCCAGGCUUCCAGAAUCGUCUUGGCCUCUUCUUCUUCCUUCUAGCCUUGUUUGGAUUCAGCACUCUCACUAGUUUAAAUGUAUUUUCAACGGAGCGUUUACUGUUUCUGCGUGAGCGAGCAAACGGUUACUACUCUCCCAUCACAUAUUUCACCGCCAAAGUUCUGUUUGACACAAUUCCGCUGAGAAUUGUUCCACCAAUCCUCAUGGGAUCGAUCAUUUAUCCGAUGACUGGGCUAGUACCUGAUUCAUCACAUUUCUUCAGAUUUAUGUUGGUUUUGGUGCUCUUCAAUCUAGCUGCUGCUGCCAUCUGCUUGUUCAUUGGUAUUCUAUGCAAAAAUGGAGGUGUUGCGAACUUGAUUGGAAGUUUAAUUAUGCUUUUCAGCCUUCUGUUCGCUGGAUUUUUGCUCAAUCACGACGCGACACCCCCUGGGGCAUUAUGGCUUCAGUCAGUUUCAAUCUUCCACUACGGGUUUGAGUCACUCAUAGUUAAUGAGGUUAUCGAGCUGACCCUAGUCGACAAGAAAUAUGGACUUGACAUCACCGUGCCUGGUGCUGCUAUUUUGAGUUCAUUCGGCUUCGACAAUAGUGCCUUGUGGUCAGACAUUCGUAAUUUAGGCAUCUUUGCUAUAACCUUUAUAAUCCUGGCAUAUACGGCGAUGCAUUUCCUGCUUGUGGAGAAACGAUAA